CCGUGGGGAGCGCGCGCCAACUAGCCUCUUACUAGCCCGGCGCAGAAUAGGAUUUAGAAACCUGUAAAGGAAGUGGCAUCCUGUGAGAAAAGUAACUAUAACUAGCUAGAGGGAUCUUACUGGAAAAGGAAUUGGAUGAUUUACUGAAUAUGCGAUUUGUUUAAACUCAUGAUCAUUGUCUGUACAUGUUUGGCCUUUCGGUGUUAUGCAGUUCCUUGUGAUGUAAUAAUGUGAAAACUGUGAUGAUUUAAACAGAAAAUACAUAUAUAAAAAGUUUGAUUAAUGCAGCUGUGAUGAAAAGGCAACAUCGGAUAAGAGCUGCCAUCGCCUCGCAUUCCGGAAUUACUCUUCCUCACACCAACUUCAACGUUACUCCCUGAGUCUGAAAUACUCUCCCGCUUGGGAGCUUCACGUGGCGCGACGAAAUGCAUCUCGGACGUGUCUGUUUGGUGCUGCUGCUCGUCACUGAAGCAACGGACUGGGCAGAGGGCGUGGCGAGGGGCGUGGCGAAAAGCGUGAAACAGACUCCCAUCAAGACGAAACAAGAGGAGAAGCGCCAUGAAAAAGACAAACGCCAGCAGUACGGCUGGAGGCCAAGGCCUUGCUGUGGAAGCGUGGUCCCUCAGCACGAGGCGACGGAGCUUCCGCGUGAAUUCUAUCGGGUAAUCGCCGGACCGUCUGUGAAGAUUGAGAACGUCCCAAGCAAGGCCAGCGCCCCUCCUCCCGCCGUGACUGACCUGAGCGUGACCUCGCUGGCGCUGCUGGCCGACGGGCGCUACGCUCUCGGCCUCGCGUGGACGGCGCCGGGGGGGUUCCUCGGAGGGACAGCUUCCUACUACAUCUUCCGGUUAAGCGACGACCAAAGAGACCUCACGCAAUCAGGCUUUGACGAGGCCGCUGCGUACACCCUCCUGCACGCCAAGGGGGAGGACCUCGAGUCUGUCCUCCGCCGGAGUGGCAGCCCGGUGGCCCUCAACGUCACCUUCAGCGGGGAACUGGACUGCGACCGAGAUUACUUCGUGGCCCUGAAAGCGAUAGACGACGAAGGCACUGCCGGUCAUGUGUCGAACCUCGCCCACUUCACCUCGUCGGAAAUGCGGUUCCCGGCGCUCUUCGACAGGGUCAUAUGCGACCAGAAGACACUAACGGAGGAAAUGUCGAAUCACACCCGACGUCAGAAAACUUACAAGAAAAAGAAAAUCCGUAAGCGACGCAAAAAAAAUAAACGUAAAUUACGCAAAAUGGAAAAAAACAUGAGGAAAAUGAUUGAAAGACUUCGAAAUCGUAGACGUAAGCGUAAGCAAACUAACAAGAAAAGAAAAAAUCGUAAGCGAAGGAAAAAAACGGAACAGAAAAUUACCGAAAGCUCGGAAAAACAAAACAAAUGAAAACAUUUCAGAAUCAUAACCGACGAAAGGAACUAGCAGGAGAUUUUUUAAAUCACAACUGACUUCAAGAAACUAAUAAAAGAUUUUUUAAAAAUUCAAGUCUAUGCCAUGUGUGGCUAAUGGUUCUCUUUCACGCAAUGAUACACGAGAUUAUGUAAACACGGGUGUUAUUUGCCAGUAAGGGAUGGAGCGGAUUGAGUGGAUAUGAUAUCCAGUAAAAGUCAUAUGUAUAUG